UCGUAAGAGAUUGACUCAUUAGCAAUACGCUCUAUUUUAGCCAUGAUACUAAGCUUGAGCAUUGUCUUGGUUCUUAUGCUGUUAAAAGUAAACGGUGAUGAGUCUGACUCUGAAGUUGGUAGGUAUAAAACGGAUCCAGGAAUUUUGGAAGAUGCCAGUUUGGAUACAUGGACCUUAAUACGAAAAUACGGGUACCCCUGCGAGAUCCAUCGCGUGUACACGGAAGAUGGGUACAUCUUGGAGCUGCACCGUAUUCCACAUGGCCGGGAGAAUGCGACGAAGGCGGGUCCAAGACCCGUGGUGUUUCUGCAGCAUGGCCUGCUCUCGUCUUCUGCGGAGUGGGUGCUUAUGAUGCCAGGGAAAGGCUUUGCAUACAUAUUAGCAGAAGCCGGCUACGACGUAUGGAUGGGCAACGCCCGCGGCAACACAUACUCCAAGCGCCACGUCUCCAUAAAACCUACCUCGUCCUCCUUCUGGAAAUUCAGCUGGCACGAAAUCGGCUACUACGACCUCCCGGCCAUGAUCGACUACGUCAUCAAGAACACAGGGGUUCCCAAGCUCCAGUACGUCGGGUUCUCUCAAGGGACUACUGCGUUCUGGGUCAUGGCUUCGACUAGGCCGGAGUAUAAUGAGAAAAUUAGCGCCAUGCAAGCUCUGGCCCCAGUGGCGUAUGUUGGGAACAUAAGAAGUCCGCUAAUAAAAGCGAUUGCACCAUUGACUAAUUCUCUUGAACUGAUCAUGAAGAUUAUCGGGGCCAAUGAGUUCUUGCCCAACGGGAAGAUCAAUGAGCUAGCCGGUCAGACGUUCUGCCUGGAGGAGUCCAUCACGCAGAUCCUGUGCACCAACUUACUGUUCCUCAUCUGCGGGUACAAUGACGCGCAACUCAAUGUUACAAUGCUGCCCAUAGUAUUAGGCCACACCCCCGCCGGUGCCGCCACCCGUCAGCUCAUUCACUACGGCCAACUCUACAAGUCCAGCAAGUUCGUCCAGUUCGACCACGGUCUCUUGACCAAUAAGCGCAAAUACGGCACCUUCAAACCUCCCCCCUACGACCUGUCGAACAUACGCACCCCCGUGUUCCUCCAUUAUGCUGACAACGACUGGCUAUCCACCCCCAAUGAUGUUGACAAGCUACUCAGAGAAGUGAAGUCCGCUGUCGGAAAAUUCAAAGUACCCUUGCCAAAGUUCAACCAUUUGGACUUCGUUUUUGCGAUAGACGCCAAGAAACUUAUCUAUGAUCGUGUCAUGAAAAUUAUGGAGCAGUUUGUGUAAAUAAAAUAAAAAAAAUUAUGUUUGCUUUU